AUGUCAGUGACAUUGCACACGUCCCAUGGAGAGCUCAAGAUCGAGGUGUUCUGUGAAGCGGUUCCAAAGACGGCUGAGAACUUCUUGGCCCUUUGCGCUUCAAAUUAUUACGAUGGAUGUCUCUUCCACCGUAAUAUCAAAGGAUUCAUGACCCAGACGGGUGACCCAACAGGGACUGGCAAAGGCGGCCAGAGUAUUUGGGGAAAACCCUUUCCUGACGAAAUCAGGUCUACAUUGAAGUUUAAUGCCCGAGGCAUGGUCGCGAUGGCCAACUCGGGCCCUGAUACUAACAAGUCGCAGUUCUUCAUAACUUACGCGAAACAGCCUCAUUUAGAUGGUAAAUACACUAUCUUCGGCAAGGUCAUAGAUGGCGCGGACUCCACACUGGACGCGUUAGAACGCGUUCCUGUUAAUGCCAAAAACCGACCGUUCACUGAGGUUCAGUUAACCCACGUAACAAUCCACGCGAAUCCCAUUGCUGACGCCAGGCUUGUUGGAAGAUGA